UACGUUGAAGGUAUUCGGUGUUACUUGUUUGACAAGUGCACUUGUGUUGAUGUGUUGUUUGCCGCAUUCGUUACUAUUAUUGCCGAAAGUAAAAGAAAAAUGUUAUAACAAUGACUGUUUUCGCGUGUGAUAAUCGAUUAUAGAUCUAUUUCUAAAUAUGUGUUCGCCGACAGACGUAUUCGGGCCUUGAUUGUGAAUUUUUUGCAUUGCAGCCUGGCUAAUUUAUUCACCUUUAAACUAGUACCUAAUGGUAAAAAGAUAUAAAUCGAAAUGAAAUAUCGAAUAUGGGACCCAUGAUCUAUUCCUUGUAUGGGAUAGCUAUCACCUUUUUUGUUUUUUGGUGCGGCUUAUGGGUCAUACAUCUUCUGGCAAUCAUUGGCGGAAAAUGCAAGCUACACAAGAAAAUUACAGAACGUGACUCUGAAGUACCUGUACCGAAUAUAUCCAUAAUAAAACCAUUAAUGGGUGUCGAUCCAAAUUUGUAUACAAACUUAGAAACAUUCUUUACUAUGACGUAUCCAACACAAUUUGAACUAUUAUUUUGCGUUGAAGAUGAUAGCGAUCCUGCGAUAAUGUUAGUCAGAAAGCUCAUGGAGAAAUAUCCUGUUGUUGAUGCUCAAUUAUUCAUAGGUGGUUCUGACGUAGGUGUAAAUCCAAAGAUCAAUAACAUGAACCCUGGUUUUGAAGCAGCCAAACAUGAGUUGGUUAUGAUAUCCGAUAGUGGUUUAAGAAUGAAAGAAGAUACACUAUUAGAUAUGGUAAUGCAUAUGACAGAAGGUGUUGGCCUUGUACAUCAGAUGCCAUUCACUUGUGACAGAGAUGGUUUUGCUGCUACUUUUGAAAAGAUAUACUUCGGUACAGUGCAAUCCAGAAUCUACCUUGCAGCGGACCUGUUAGGAAUUAACUGCCAUACUGGUAUGUCAGCCCUCAUGAGGAAAUCAUUAAUUGACGAAGUGGGCGGCAUUAAAUCGUUUAGCUGCUAUUUAGCAGAAGAUUUUUUCAUUGCCAAAUCUUUCACUGACCGAGGAUGGAAAAUCUGUGUUAGUAGUCAACCCGCUUGGCAAAAUUCUGGCUUUUGUGACAUCACAAGUUUUCAAGCCAGGUUAGCUAGGUGGGCUAAACUGAGGAUAGCUAUGUUACCAGUCAUGAUUCUGCUGGAGCCGAUGGCGGAAUGCAUGGUUCUUGGAGCUUGUGCUUCGUGGGCAGUUAAUUUAUUAUUCGGUUGGGACUCAUUAGUUUUUUAUUUGAUUCAUAUUUUAGUGUGGUUCAUAUUGGAUUGGAUAAUCUUAACAAUAGUUCAGAAUGGAUCCUUACCUUUCAAUAAGUUUGAUUAUGUAGUUGGUUGGUUAUUUCGAGAGUGCAGUGGUCCUUAUUUGUUUUUACAUUCUUUAUGGAAUCCUGCUAUAAGAUGGAGAUCUAGGGUCUACAAAUUAUCGUGGGGUGGACUAGCUCGUGAAAUCAAAACUAAAAUCAAAUCUUAAGCAUUAAUAAGUAAUAUUAUAUAAAAUUGAGAACUAUAAUGCUCGUAUUGCAUUAUAUUUACGUGAUAAUUAAUUAUAUUAAGUAACCAUAUGAUAUCCUGCUGGGUUUAGGUUUGCAAGAAAUGAAUUAUAUGAGUAUGUUGGGCAACUUUAUAAUUGUCAUUAAUAUAUUUGAUAUAUUAUUACAACAUGAACUUGUAUUGCACCAUUUACUAAACUGGGUCAUCGAUUCAUUGUGACAGCUAUAA